AUGAAGAAGUCCCCAACUGGAACAUGGCUGCCCGCUCGGGUGCCCAACUCUACCACGCUCCUGUCUUUUCUGCUUAUCAUCUGCUCCGUUGUUAAUUCUUCCACUGGAGGAUACGAUGGCUCCAUGUUGAACGGCCUCAACAUUUUGCCAUCAUACACUGACUACUUCACCCUCAAUCCCGCAACAACGGGAUUGAACACAGCAUCAGUAUUCAUCGGUGGUUUAAUUGGCCCCAUCUUCGCCGGUAUCAUUGCCGAUAAAGUGGGCCGCCGGCCCGCCAUCUUCCAAGGCUCUGUGAUCACCCUGAUCGGGGUCAUACUUCAGACGGCUGCCCAGAAUAUCGCCAUGUUCGUCGUGGCUCGCAUCAUACUUGGGUUUGGGUCUGCUGUGGCCGGAAUUGCCGGGGGCGUUUAUCUCUCCGAGACCUUUCCCAGCCGAUGGAGAGCUUGGGGUGUUGGUUUGCUCAAUGACUUUUACUACGUGGGUGCACUUAUCGCGGCCGGCAUCACUCUCGGAACUGGACAGUGGCAAUCGACUUGGGCAUGGAGGGCUCCGUCACUCCUCCAAGGCAUUUUCUCGCUGCUCUGCAUUGUCAUCUUGCCUUUCAUACCAGAAUCGCCACGUUGGCUAGUAUACCAAGGAUACUAUGAGGAAGCACGUGUUGUCGUUGCGCAGACCAAUUCUAACGGGGACAUAUCCGAUCCGGUAGCUGUGACGGUUUACAAGGAGAUCCUGGAUACUAUUACGUGGGAGAAGAAAGAAGGGCGGACAAUGAGCCCGAUAGAGAUUCUAAAGACCCCAACAUCCAGGAAACGAGUUCUGAUUGGCAUGUCCGCUGGGCCAUUCUCCUGCAUCGCGGGAAACAUCAUUGCAUCAUACUAUCUGGGCUCCGAGCUUGAGACAGCCGGUAUUACGAAUACACUUGAUCAGCUCAAGGCUAAUGUCGUCCUAAACGUGUGGUGUCUCGCCUGCUGUCUAUUUGGUACACAUCUAGCGGCCAAAUGGGGGCGCAAGCCGACGGCACUUUUCACCGAGAUACUUCUGGUUAUUUGCCUGUUCAUCAUUGGAGGGUUGUCCAAGAUGUAUGCCGAUGACCCUGAAGGCGCAUCUAGCAGCCUUAUCUACGGAGAUGUCGCUGUUAUGUUUCUCUUUCAGGGGUUCUAUUCAAUUGCGUGGACGCCCCUGCUCUAUCUCUAUCCACCCGAGGUUAUGAACUACUCGAUCCGUGCCAAUGGACUGGCACUCUCGCAGUUUGGACUCAAUGCACUUGCGCUGGUUCUAGUCUUCGUGAUGCCCAUCGGGCUUGCUAAUAUUGGAUGGAAGAUGUACAUGAUCAAUGGAAGCUGGGAUAUUAUUGUCGUCAUUCUCAUUGCGGCAUAUUGGGUAGAGACUAAAGGUAAAACCCUGGAGGAAAUGGACGCUAUCUUUGAAGGAGAGAAACACUCGUCAAUGCCAGACGUUGAACAAGUUAUCAAAGGGGAGGAGGUCAUCGAUGUGGGUAAGGUUGUGCAACAGAUUCACACCGAUGUGGCGGUUGUCAAGAUGAGAUAG